CUCCAAAGCGGAGCGGCGGGAGCUCUUGACAUCACAUCCAAGCUCCUCCUGCGCACGACCCCCUUCCAGCUCUUCAACUCCCCCCUUUCUCUUCCCCCAAACAAAACAUUUCCGCUUGCGAGAGUCGGCCGUAAACCUAGCCGGGCAGGGCUGGGGAGGAAUGGGAGAGGUCAAGAGCAGAAGUCGACACGACGCCGCCUGAGCAGCGCGCGGAGCCCGUCUCCCUCCGGGGCUUUUCCUUCGCCCGGCAGGAGGAGGACGCUCAGCCCCGCCGGGACCGAAGAGGCGCCCCUUUAGCCAGGCGCGCCAGCCAAAUUCCUCCAGGUCUUCCCUGAGCAGCCAGCGGCUGCAAGAGGCGUGAGGCGAGGCAGGCGGGCCACGGGCUCGGGGGGCCGCCCGCUCCGCUCCGCAGAGGCGAAAUGCCAACCUUCGGGUGGCAAAGGUGAGAGGCGCUCGCCCACCUUCGCUCGCCUUCGCGCGCGGAGCGGCGUGUCCCCCACAACGCGCCUCCCCCCCGCGCGCGCUCGCUCGCCCCCAUGCAGACACGCGCACGGGGGGGCGAGCCGGAGCCGCCGAAGAUGGCAAUGUCUGUGAUCCAAGCGUGCCGCAGUCUGGCUCUUUCAACAUGGCUGCUUUCCUUUUGUUUCGUGCAUCUGCUCUGCCUGGAUUUCACCGUGGCCGAAAAAGAAGAAUGGUACACGGCCUUCGUGAACAUCACUUAUCCGGAUCCCGGGGGCGGCGGGGGCAGCGAGCUGCGUAGCGAAAAAACGGAGUGUGGCCGCUACGGGGAACACUCGCCCAAAAACGAGGUCUGGGGGCAGGUGGUGAUGACCUCGGCGACCGCUGACAGGCAAGCUUGCGACCCCAACGCUCGGUUCGCCGUGCCGGGCUCCGGCAAGCUCUGGAUCGCCCUUGUCCCUAAAGGGAACUGUACUUACAAGGACAAGAUUCGGCACGCCGCCUCCCAAAACGCCUCGGCCGUGGUCAUCUACAACGUCGGCUCCAGCAAUGCCAACGAGACGAUUACGAUGCCCCCCGCAGGUAUUGAUGAUGUGGUGGCGAUAAUGAUCCCUGAGCCAAAGGGAAAAGAAAUAGUAAGCCUACUGGAGCGGAAUAUUACUGUAAUGAUGCACAUAACGGUGGGAACCCGUAACCUGCAGAAGUAUGUUAGUCGUACUUCUGUGGUGUUUGUAUCCAUCUCCUUCAUUGUGCUGAUGAUCAUCUCCUUAGCAUGGCUGGUCUUCUACUACAUUCAGAGGUUCAGAUAUGCAAAUGCCAGGGACAGGAAUCAGCGCCGACUUGGAGAUGCUGCAAAGAAAGCAAUCAGCAAACUCCAAGUCAGAACAAUAAGGAAAGGAGAUAAGGAAACUGAGUCUGAUUUUGACAACUGUGCAGUGUGUAUUGAGGGUUACAAACCAAAUGAUGUUGUUAGGAUUUUGCCUUGCCGGCAUCUCUUUCACAAAUCUUGUGUAGAUCCCUGGCUCCUAGAUCAUCGUACCUGUCCUAUGUGUAAAAUGAACAUACUAAAAGCACUAGGGAUUCCGCCUAAUGCAGAUUGUGUGGAUGACAUCCCUCCGGAUUUUGAAGCUUCUAUAGGAGGGCCCCCAACCAAUCAGAUUACAGGAGCUAGUGAUAUCACUGUGAAUGAAAGCUCCAUAGCAGUGGAUACUCCUAUCCGGACAGUUGGAGUAUUACAAGUUAUUCAGGAUGCAGAUCCCCUUCCACAGGUUGGGGAAAGUAACAAUACCACAAGCAGUGAGCAAGAACCAGCAGUAAGUAGUGAUUCAGAUAUUUCAUUGAUUAUGGCAAUGGAGGUUGGACUCUCUGAUGUGGAGCUUUCCACUGAUCAAGACUGCGAGGAGGUGAAAUCCUGAAAAAAGGAAACUAUCGAAACAUCCUACUAAACGAACAGGCCGUAGCAAGAAGAAGAAAUCAGUUGUGGUACAGACGAUUAUCCAUAUACAUAUGUGCACAUAUGUAAGAUUUGGGUCAAUUGUAUAUACAUGAAUACCCAUAUACAUACGUGCACAUAUGUAACUGCAAAGGCAUCCGGAACAUUAUGCGAACUCCAGUUAAUUCCAUUCUGGAUGGUCAUGAAAAGCAAUAGUUACAGAUGUGUCUGCCUGGAUGCAGUUUCAUUAUCAAUUACAUUUGUUCAUUUCAUUGAAAAUGGAAAGUGAAAAAGUAUUGUUCUAAUCCAUGUGCCAGAAGAAUAUGCCCUUGCUUGGUGGCUUAGAACCAUAUAACUGAAAUGAAGUCCUCUCCCCCACACACACCUUUGUUUGUUUUUUUAAAGAAAAGAUAGAAAAGGGGAUUUUAAUCCAUAAGAGGAUUAUAGCUGACAUUGAUGGACAUUAUUUUUCUUUCUUCUCAAUAACCCAAGCUUAUUCAAGUAUUCAGUUCAGAGAUCUGAACAUUAUGGUGGGUCAUAAAAAUGUAUGAAUGCCAGGCAUUUUCUACAUGAAGAAAGCAUGGCUUCAGGAAGAAAUGGUGCUUCCAACUUUGACUUGAUUUGAAGACUCUUUUUAUUAAGAUAUUAAUAUCGGCCCUUGAAGAUCUGUGCUUCCAGGGUCUUCCAGGCAAGAGAACAGAGACUGGUUUGAUUGAGGUUGGCAAAUUGCUAUUUAAUCCUGCUGGGUCCCACUCUGAGCUUUAGGACGUUGAUGUAUAACUUCUGAGUGAGAGAAGAAGCAUGAAGACAACAAUCAGGAUGGAAUUAAAGGUCAACCAAUAUAUGUGGCCCUUUGUACCACUAUAUACUCUUCAUGCCUUAAUGGCUUUCAUAGUGAUUGAUUUAAAAUUAGCUUUACUUUUUAAAAAAAGUUCCCAAGAACUUUCUGACCUAUGAAUGAAUGGAAUGUAUUGAUAUUAUUUGCGGUUAGAUGGAAAUAAAAUAAAAAUGUUGUAGGAAGGCAGCAGGGCUAUGAUAGUUUAGGGUAGUUACCAAUGGACUGUGAUUGUUUAUCAUACAAGGUAUAUCUUGAAAAUCACUUUAUCCCCUCAAAAUCUUUAUUAGUUACUCUUGAUUUUACAAGUGACAGUUUUCCAAGUUUCCAAGGAACAUUUCAACGAUUGUGGAAAAGGAUGCUCAGACACAGCCUCGUCUUAGUUAACUGCAUUUUAACAUGGUUGGAUAAAUAACUAGUAAUCCAAUUCAGGGAGAUCCUGUCAUUCCUAGAAGAGAGUAAAAUUGUAUUUAGAAUGAACUGCUUUCCUAAAUACCCCUUAAUCAAAUUGAUUGUACCAUAUUUAAAUUCACCUUAAAAUUAUUCAGAAAGUCUCAGGCAUUUUUAUUAUGAUGUGUGAAAAUAUGCUACAAACACCUUUUAUUGUUGUUUAUGCUCCUGAUGUGGAGUAUGUAAGCUAAACCUAGAUAACUUUAGAAGUAAAUCAAAAGGUGGUUAUUUCUAAUCUUAUUUCUGAAUCACAAUUUAAAACUGAAACACUGACAGCCAAAUUCAGCAAGAGUUGUGUUUUUACCUAACUAGUUUAUGUUGAAAAUAAGUGCCAUUAGCUGCUGGAAUUUAAGUGAUCUUGUUUUAUGCUAUUGCUUAAUGGGGUGUGCUAUUUAUGCAGAAGAGCAAUUUGUAUUUUAAUCAAAGUACUUAAGAAGGUCUUUUCAUCUUAUUUUAUGUCACAGAAGGUUACGCUAAUACUUCUGACAAUAAAAAUAGUAAUUUCAAUCACAGAAGAUAAACAGAGGUAACAGAGUCACUUGUACUUAUAAACUGAAUAGACACAGACUGUUUUUUCUUCCUAUAGUAGAAUAGUACUAUAAGAAUCCAUCCAUAGGUGAGCAAAAAGUAGAUCUAGAUCUACUUAAUGGAUCCUGAGUAACUGGCUAUAGAUCAGUAACUAUUCCUAAUACUUGUAUAAUAACAGUAGCCACAAAAGGCUCUCCCCACCUUAAAUUGCCAUUUGAUCAAAGUAUUGUUUCUUUAUCAAAAGACACUGCAAUGAAACCUGGUCCAAAAGUUGAGCUUUUAGCCCCAUAAGUUUCUAAAUCUCAAUGUCUGACUUUUGUAUCAGCUGUACCUCCAAAGGCUGGUACAGUGAAUCCAAAGGCAGAAAUAAUGGCAGUAAUAAAUCCUUGAAAACAGAUAUUUGCUAACUUCUGAAAUUAGCCCAUGUACUGUCUUGUUACUCUUCUUAUAUUCUGUCCCCCCCCCCCGGUUAGUUUUUCCUAAUUUGCUACUCUGUGAGCAAACUGAACUAUGAAAUAAUGGCCAAGCUUUGUAUUCAACACAAUUUAUCAUGUUCCACAAAAAUUGGAAACCUUUUAGUGCAAAUGUCAUCAUUAAUGCAAUUUCUUCCUAUCCCAGAACACCUUUGGAUUUCAGCAGAUUUUGCAAAAUGCCACCUGGGACAGUGCUAAGGACUGGCAUUCAAUCCAAAAGUGGAAAACAUUGAAGAUACCAUCAGCUUCCAUCUUUCUUUGUUCGGGAUGGGGAUGAAAACAUCUUAUGAAAUCUAAUUUUGGUCCUGUGAAUAGUGCAAGUAGAAAGUGAGUGUACCUGGGAAAGACGGUUAUUUACAUUGAAUCGAGGUUUGUUGUUGCAUCUGAUUUAUUAGAAGCACUGAAACAGCAAUCUUGAAAGCAGAUUGCUCUUUUUAAGAUCAUUACCUUCAACAAAAGACCACUGAGAAAGAUCAGUCUGCCCCAUCUUAUUCCUCAUUAAGCCAUGAAGCUUAAUGAGGAAUCUCCCCCAAACGGAUGCAGUUCCAUUUGACUCUGAAAUAACAAAAGAACUAGAAAUAUUAGUACUCUGUUUAUUGCUAUUUGAUUCAAAUUGGGGGGAAAUGGAACCCUCCUCUACUAAUACAAAAAGAAUCUUGGCAAGUAUAACUUGUGCUGCCAUGUAUUGUUAACUGUGCCUGUGAAAAUUUACCUGUCAGAUUAUAAGGAUGUAGUUGUUUUAAUAUUGGAAGAGGCUACUCACUCUUCCAGUAUUUUUUUUUUUUUUUAAAUUUGAUUUAUAUGCCGCCCUUCUCCGGAGACUCAGGGCGGCUUACAGUGCGUUAAGCAAUAGCCUUCAUACUUUUGUAUAUUUAUACAAAGUCAGCUUAUUGCCCCCACAAACUGGGUCCUCAUUUAACCUACCUUAGAAAGGAUGGAAGGCUGAGUCAACCUUGAGCCUUGGAGAGAUUCGAACCAGCAGUAAAUUGCAGGCAGCUGUGUUAAUAACAGGGUGCUUUAAACCACUGUAGUACCAAGGCUCUUGAAUAUUCUCGUCUAAAAAUAUAAGGCGCCCCUGUCUUCAGUUCAAUUCAUUUCCAUGACAUGUGAGAUACUGAAUUAAUUACCGGUAGUCAGGGGCAAAAGAAUCUUGUAGGGCCAGCUUUCUUUGCUACACGGCCAUGUCCAGCUUUACGUUAACUACAGUGUUGCAGUAAGAUGCAGUAAAUAUGCCUAUUUUGCUGUUCUUGGUUGUUGACCAUGUUGUCCAUCUGUAUGCAGCCCAUCUGCAAAGUUGGGUUAUGAUAAUCAAAAGUAAUAUUAGCUUGUAAACUGUCCCUAGGCCUGCCUGUGAUUCUCCUGUCUCACUCCAACCAUUUCCAUGUUAUUUGAGGGUAAACAACACUAAUGACAUAUUAUUUUAAGCAGUAAAAGCUAUUAUGGCCCAUAUACUGGUGGCAAGUAGGUGGUCAGCGAACAGCAUGUGUGGUUUUGCACUGAUUGUUUUUCUUUUCCAAAGUACAAAAAAGGGGAAGUAUGUAAUACUCUAAGGAAGCCAAUUUGGUGCAGUGGUUUAAGGCAGGGGUCUCCAACCUUGGCCACUUUAAGACCUCUGGAUGUCAACUCCCAGCUUUGCUGGCUGAGGAAUUCUGGGAGUUGAAGUCCACAAGUCUUAAAGUGGCCAAGGUUGGAGACUCCUGGUUUAAGGCAUCAGCUUACAAAGCAAGAGACCGUGAGUUCGAGUUCCACCUUAAGGACAAGUGACUGCUAAGUGACCUUGGGCUAGUCAGUUUCUCUUAGUCCUGAGAAGGAGGUAAUGGUGAAGCACCCCUGAAAAUCUUUGCUAGGAAAACUGCAGGGACUUAUCCAGGCAGGAUCCAAGAAUUGGGCAUGAAUGAAUGGAAGAAAAUAUAUGUAAUUAGGAAAUACUGAUAUUCUGCUCUACUUUAGGAAGUUGUCUUCUCCCUGUGUCAUUAAUUUAGACGAGCAGUAUUCAAUUAAGGUCAUUCCUUAUCAUCUAGAACUUCUUUCUUUGAACUAAAGAAAUCAGUAAUUAAAUCUCGCUGGUUUCUAUUUUUUGGCUGUCCAAGAACGUGCUUCGUGCCAAUGAACUACUGAGUGUUUUUGGAUUUAUUACUAAUCUUCCAAUUUACUGAAGACGUCUUACCUAAUAAUUGAUAUUAAAAGCAAUAGAAUAACCCAGAAAAUCAGUUUAACAUUAUUUUCUAAAUACAACAGCUUUCAAGCAUACACAUAGAAAUGUAUAUUAAGGAUCUGAUAAAAUUGCAAAGAUAGACCCCUGAGUAACAGUACUCAGUCUGAAAUAAUUUUCUGCAUAGAAUCAGUUUAGAGUUGUGGCAAAAUAACCUGACCCAGCCAACUGAAUAGGGUAAAUUCAGAGAGAGGGCGAAAGCCGAAAGAGAUAUUAGAAGCUAAUGGCUUUUUGCUCUGAAAUGCCUAAUGCCUACAGAUUGCUCAAACCCCAACAACUGUUGAACAGAAUGCAACCUGAUGGGACCCCUAAGGUUCUUGGGGGCUGACUUUCUACUUCCAAAUAAUUGCUUCUGUCACCAAGAGCUUUGAGAAGAAAAAUAAUUAUUAUACUGUAGUGAAAUGAGCUAAAUGUGGACUGCAUGUUGAUGGUCAACCAUGGGAUAAGAGUAUUAACAUGUUGGAAGGCAGAACUGCAAGUAUUCUGAAUGACCAGGCUGUCCUCAAGUGGCACUAUAAACAUUAAAGUAAGACCUGUCCAUCAUGAGCUCUCCAACAUUCAGCUAUUGCACAGGAAAUGCAAGAGGGGAAACUUAUCUAUAAUGUAGAGAGCAAAGUCUUUUGCUAGUUGUGUUGCUAUAUAUAGCUGGUUUUGUGAGAAUGUAUACAAUGUUACAUUGGAUGAUCUAUUUAAUCAAAUUUAUUAAUGCAGAACAGUCUUUGCCGACACGCAAUUCUAAUAACUUCACUAGUAGUAAGAACAUACUUUCUUGAGCUUCUAUGAGCUUCCAGUAGUAUUUAUAAAACUUUUCUCUGUUCUUGCUUACCGUGUAGGGAGAGUAGUUCGUUUGCACAGUAUACAGGCUGUGAAAAACCGAGAUAUUAUUUUUCAGUAGUUCUUUGAGAAAUCACACCCCACUAAAUACUUCUAGCAUGCCAUCAAUAUAAACUGCGUCAUGAUUAUUAGAUGCCGUGUUGCUGCCAGUUUUUCACCUCGAGUGUAUUUUUGCCAAGAAGUCUAUGAAGCAGGCUCAAAGCAAUGCCUUUUCCAGUAUCUACUUGAACGUAGUAUGUGUUACAGAGAGCUGGAAGAGAAAUCAUGCUUCUGAAUGUGCUUCCAUUGGCAACCAGAUGAAUCAAUAAUAAAGGAAAACACAGUUCAGAGGAUAGAAUAUGUACAGACACGUAGAAACACCAGAUGUUGCUGGUAGUUAUAUAAAGACCCUCUCUAUUUUACUGACAGACAUGUAGUUCAGUAGGCACUGAAAUGUUUCCCAAGUAUUCAUACGGUAUACAGGAUUUUUGAGAAAGCUUUACUACAUUUUGUUAAUUUAAAAAAGUGUUUGUUAUAAGCAGGCCAUAGAAUACUAGCAAACAGCAAAAAAGAUUGAUCUGUAACAAACUUUGUUUUCUUUCUUUUUAACUGAAGCAAUUGAUCCAUAUUAAUAAUAAUAAAUAAUAUAAGAUACUUUAGUAUGUAGGUCUCUGCAUAGCAGAUUGUGUUUGCUAACAGCUGCAUAGCAGAGGAAUGCCCUCUGCUGUAAAAAUCCCAGUUUUUAGAACUUCUCUCUUAAUAUAUUUGUUGCUUUAGUAGUUGGAAAUUUAUCUCAGCUGAAUCAUCCACAAGUGGGAUUGAAGAGAGACAGUGAUGUCCAUUAUUAUUUUAAAAAGAUGAAAAGAAAGUUGUAUUAAAAAUACUAAAAGGCUCUCAAAAAAUCCAAUAUUUAUAGUGUAUCAUUCUCAGCAAAUAAUUUUUGGGAAUGUCUCUUACAAGAAUGUAUGUGUGGAAGACUACAAAAAAAGAAAGAAAGAAAGAAAGAAAAUGAACAUUUUUCUUCCUGUUUGCCUCUUUUGUAUCUUGUUUGUUUGUUUUGAAGGCAUCAAAUGUUACCCAUUUCUUUUGCUGUAAUGGUUUACUGAUGUGAAAUAUCAAAAUGUUUUUUACAUGUACAUAGUAUCAUUGCUUCUUCCCUUUUUCAUGGCUAAGCCACCUGAUGAAGGUAUUUACCAUUUUAUAAAUAGAAUAAAAUGUAAAGCAGGAAUUAAUUUGGUGGGUGGGAAGGGCUGUUAUUUUUAUAGCAAGAUGUUCCUUGUACUUAUUAGCAUUUUAAAAUAAUUUUGUACUUGUCAAACUGUACAUUCCAUCCAUUUCUCAAAAAUAUUUUUUAUUUAAAGUACUUUAUAAACACACAAAAAAAAAUUUGAUAAAGAGUUUCAUCAAUAAAGACAAAAAUAUUUGGAUUACAAUAAUAGCUCCAAAGUUCUAUCCUGCUGUAUCAUAUAGACUACAUGCUAUACCAGCAAAUGCCAAUUUAAAAAAAAAAACUAGAAAAAUUCCUUUUAAAUAGUGGCAACUAAAUUAUUUCUAAUUGCAUUUUUUUGCAAUGUCUGUUUUUCAACAAGAAAUUUGCUUCUAUCUGCUGGAUUUGGAAUAUUUCCCAAUUUAUAUCUGAAUGAGGAGACUGCUUUGGCAGCACUCAUGCUGAAUUUUAUUCAGGUGUUACUGUUUGCUCUUCAGAAUUUUGCUCAGGAAAACCUUUGUUUUUCUGUUUAAAGCUGGAGUCAGCUCUGUCUAUGCUGAUUGCCUAGCAUUCUGUAAAGCCAUAAGGUCAUUUCCUCUUUCACUCAUCUAACAGUUGUAGCAUUAAUUCAUUGUUUAAAAAUUUAUAACUGUGCUUUUAAACCAGUUUAAAAAUAGAGAAUGGAGAUUGCAUACACACAUGAAUAUGACACUGUAAACCAGAACUCUUUAGAAUUUUGGCUUAUUAGCAAACAAGCAUUCGUACUCCUACAAAUGGUGGAAGAAAAUGAACUGCAAAUUAGAAAGAAGCCAUGGUUUAGCUUUCUUUUUGCCUUUGUUUCAGAGGACAAAACAGAAUCUCCAAUUUGAAUUACAUCAAACCUGCUGAUACGUUAACAAUAUCUGCCUAGAGCAGGGGUGUCAAACUCACGAUGACAUGUCGUCAUGUGAUGUAUCAAACUUUUUUUCUUCACUAAACUAGGGGUGGGUGUGGCCAGCGCGUGACACAUCCGGCCCGUGGGCCUCAAGUUCGACACUCCUGACCUAGAGGAAGAGCUAUCAGAAUGACCAGGGUCAGGGCUUAUGCUGACCAGUUUCUUGAUCAGUAGCAAACCAAUAUUCUGAAGAAGUCAAGGGAUGGCUAAAAUAAUCAGAGGAAAGAGUAUCGUAAUCUCUCCUUGCCAUUCCAAACAUUUGAGGCAGGCUGGCCUUUGAGUCAUGCUAAUAUUGUGAAGUGCUGUAUAAACUGAUCGUACUAAACAGAAAAACCUAAGGUAAUGAAAUUGUUAGAAAAGAUUGCUUGUUUUGGGGGAGUUGUUUUUGUUUUUGUUUUCAUGUAUUUUGUUUUUGUUGAGUAAGCCUCCUCUAAAGACAUACUAAUCUUUUUAAGUUUUAGCUAUUCUGUGUUUUUUUUUCUUCCUGGUUUGACAGAGGAAAACAAUCCAGCACAGUAAAGUACAGCCUAGUCUUCAACUUGAUUAGCAAAAUAGAGAGGAAGAUGGAAAUCAUCACGAUCGCCCAUUAAUAUUUGCAUAGGCAAAGGCUUUCUUUAUAAACCGAUCUUUUUUUGCUAUACUAUGUGGAGUGUAUGCCUAUGCAAAGCACCAGUGGUUUGUGAAGAAUUUGUUUUCCUAAAAUAUUUAGUAAAGUGUUGCAAAUAUAUUUCAGUCGCUAGUAUAUCUCCUGUUACUUUAUUUCUGUAUCUUUUUUAUAUCUCUCACCUUCCUUUCCAAUGCACUUUAUAUCACUUGGAGAAUGUGGGAGUCAGACACUAUCACUAAAGGGACUUGCCUAAAAUCAAGAGGCAGAUACGUUGGUUUUUUUCUUUAUUGUUGUCCUUUCUGUACUUUUCAUUUGAGACAGUGACUCAACGAGGGUCAGGAGAAAUAUUGGAAAAACAUUAUUCGGUAGUAAAACAUGGCUAUUUUUGUUAUAUAGAGGAUUAUAAUGUAAAUAUGUGAUACUGUGUUAUUCUGUAUUAGUAAAAUAUUGCAACUGUAAAAGCUGAAGGAUUGUGAAUUCUAAGCAAUUUUAUUGCAAGGAUUUUUUUAAUAAAAGAUAUCUGAGAAGUGUCAUACAUUUUUCUUAACAAA